CCUAGCAUGAACAGCGUUUGGCUAGUCAGAGUAGAAUCUUGCCGGUGAAUGAGAUGAACAUGGCUUUCUGGUCCGACCGUCACAUUUUGCAUGUUGUUAGCUAGCUAGGAAUCAACUGAUUUAGACAAUCAUCGCCUCACCGUCUCACCUGUGACAAGAUGAAAAUGCCGGCGACACAUACUUCAGUCAUCUGGAAUUAAAUGCGAAUACAUGUACGGAGAAAGUGUGGUUGGUCGAGGAGAAAGAAGAAGCGGGAUAUUUCCGAAGGUGCAGGGGCAAAGAGGACAGAGUGUCGGAGAUGUCGCUUUGGAUGAUAUUACCAGUCAGCCUUCCAGCUUUGACCAUCACUGGAAUAUGGGUUGUGUAUGCCAUGGCUCUGUACAACCAGCAUGUCUGCCCGGUGGAUAACUGGUUGUAUAACCAGUCCUGUGAAGAGGAGCUGACUCUGCAGAGCGGCCCAAUGUUAUGCUGCACUCUGGACGACAUACCUCUCAUCAGCAAGUGUGGUACACUGCCCCCGGAAAGCUGCUUCUUCAGUCUCAUCUGCAGCACUGGCUCAUUCAUGGUCAUGGCGAUCGUUCUGCUGCGCUAUGCCCAUGUGAUAGAGAAGCACCAGAACUGUGUGUUGAACACGGCCAGCCUCUCCACCGGAUGGAUCUGUGCGGCAGGCCUCAUCAUGGUUGGCAACUUCCAGGUGGACAAUGCCAAGGUGCUGCACUAUGUCGGAGCAGGAGUGGCAUUCCCCACCAGCAUGCUCUUUGUUGGCCUCCAGUCAGCGCUAACUUACCGACUGGCUAAGACCCAGGGCGAGUACAGCGUGGGACACCUCCGGCUGGCCAUGACCCUGGUGGCCCUCAUUGCCCUGGUCCUCAGUGGCGUGUUUUUUGUGCAAGAAAGUUACAGCCUGCAGCACGCCGCCGCUGUCUUUGAGUGGGUCUUUUGUGUCAUCGUCAUGCUCUUCUACGGAACUUUCGCCUUUGAGUUUUCCAGCAUGUCGGGAGACACCAUAAUGGUGCUGGCCCGAGGGGGGGCUCUGGGGCCAGCAGGGAGAGAGCACAAGAUCGAUUCGCUAGGAGGUUCUAGUCAACACCCUCUUGAGAAUAUAUCAAUGCUGUAGUCCCAAAAAGAUGGCCGCAAAGUUAGCCUUUGCCAUAAUCAAUUGGGUGUGUGAUGAGUUUAGUUAUUCACCUCAACCACACCCAUCUUAGGGCGUGGAGUGGACAAUGCUAUACACUAGAGGGAGUGGACUCCUUUCCAUCAGACCCAGGGAUGUGGAGUGGAAAUCUAAAGGAAAGAUAUGUCUGUCCUUAUCACUAUAAUCACAGACCAGUCUCUCCAAAGGCCCUGCUUGUGUUUGCACAUUACUAAAUGAGGAACUAAAUGAGAAAUCUUUCCCUCAAUCACCCUUUUCUGUGCUGGCCAGGAGAGGAGCCCAUUGCCACAGGUAAGGUGGUCAAUCCGUUAGUCUGAUUGGAGACAGGAGGAAGUGACGUCGGACAGUUUUCUGGGUUGAAGACAUUUCAUUAUCAACCUGUGGUUGCUAGAAUGCCGAAGAGAGGGCAAAGUAGAGAGACAAGAGAGGAGAGGCAGCACGAGAGAGAAAGGGAGAGACUAGCUCUGUUCAGUUAGGAGACUUGCUAAUGGAUGAUUCUGUCAGUGCUGUCAUUAAUACUUAUAUCAAGUAUAAGAUCAUGACUGCCUUCUUGAAGAAGAUCUAAGGUCUGACAACUGGGGAUGUGCUCUCAAUCAGACUCCUCAUGGCCGACCAUUGACUGGAUCCUCCUGGAUAUUGUCUGGGUGCUUUAUGAAGUCAUCUCAUAUCACUUUGUGCCUUAUGAAUACCGGACUUUGCACAGAUGGCCUGUAAACCCAAAUAGACUCUAUAUGAAUGUCCGAAAUGACACCAAACUUUCAACAGUAUUUUCUAUAUGCUUUAUUUACAGCUCAGCAGCCCUGGAGACAGAGAGGGUGCACACUGUUGGCUAAUUCAAGCCAGACCUCUGGACUUAUCAAGUUAAAUCGCAGGAAAUCACAAAUGUUCAAUGCCCGCAGAAUAGAGCUCAAUUAGUCUCUUCCAGUAUAUCUGGUGCAUACUGGUCGAACUCCUUUCAUUUUCAUUUUUCUGUGCUCUGUUCCAACAGGUGUGCUCAUUGUUACACUUCAGUGCCUUCUAUUGUAUAAUGUAUCUUUGACUUGACAUUUAUAAUAUUAUACAUUAGGCAUAUUUCUGGAUAAAAACCUGGUAUUCCUCAACUCAGUUAUGUCUGUUGACAAACUGAAAAUGUAUUCAUGUAUAAUCUAGUCAGGGAUUAUUUUGCCAGCUGUUGCCCUCUAGCGUUGACUCUGAGCUAUUGCUAUCCUAUCAAAUGUAAGCUGUUUUAAUUUAAGCAUUUGUCUCCUGUGCCAUAACAUCUUUAAUUUUAAAAGUGGCCUUACUAGUUGAUCGAUGUAUAGGUCUAUUAUCGAGUGAUCACUGAACAUUGUGUCAAGCAAGGAAAACGCUUUAAUCUCUUGCUUUGUUCUAUGUUGUUUGUGUCCUUAAUGGCCUAUGCUGGUAUUUGUCUCUGACCUACAGCUACAGUGACCCACCAUGUCUUAUCUGACAUGUACACUUACCUUUAGGUUUAGGAGGAUGAGACGCUACUUCCAUACUAGUUUAGUCCUUCCAGGCCAUUCGCUCAUGAUUUCCCCCCUGGGGUGUCAUAUUAACCCUAGCUCUAAUUACUUUGGUCUCUCAGGAAACUUUGUUACCAGCAGCAGUAAGUGAUUCUGAGCAAAAUCAACUCUGCCAUUUCCUCGUUUUCCCUUUGGAUGUUGUAUGGGUGGUAAAAAUAUUUUAUUCAAUGUAAAAUGUAUCUUGCCAUAGGAGGUGGUGUGUAACUGGCCAGUUUCAAUACAAGAUGACAAUGAAUAUCAGGUAUAUGUACUUAUUUUGUAAACAUUUGGACUUGGGUGCAUUAAAAUAUUGGUAUAUUAUUCACAUGGUUUAGGCAUCCUCACCUUGGGUCUCAUGACCCUAACGUGAUAUACUUGUGUGCCUUUUGAUAAAACCAAAUGUGUCAAGCGUAUACAUUUUCAGUGUGCUUAACAAAGUAUUGAUUGUAAAUUUGCCUUAAUAUUAUUUGCCAAAUAAAGUGGUUAACUGAUUCAG